CCCGCCGCCGCGCGCCGCCCCCCGCGCCCCGUCCCGCGCCCGCCCGCCCGCCGCGAACGCGGCCCCCCGGCGGCCCAGAUGCAGGCCAUCAAGUGUGUGGUGGUGGGAGACGGCGCCGUGGGUAAGACGUGUCUCCUGAUCAGCUACACGACCAAUGCCUUCCCCGGAGAGUACAUCCCCACCGUCUUCGACAACUAUUCUGCCAAUGUUAUGGUCGAUGGGAAGCCCGUGAACUUGGGCCUGUGGGAUACGGCUGGGCAGGAGGACUACGACAGACUGCGCCCCCUGUCCUACCCGCAGACGGAUGUGUUCCUCAUCUGCUUCUCUCUCGUGAGUCCUGCGUCCUUCGAGAAUGUGCGUGCGAAGUGGUACCCCGAAGUACGACAUCACUGUCCCAAAACCCCCAUCAUCCUGGUGGGCACCAAGCUCGACCUCCGGGAUGACAAAGACACGAUCGAGAAGCUUAAAGAGAAGAAGCUGACGCCCAUCACCUACCCGCAGGGCCUGGCCAUGGCCAAGGAGAUCGGUGCCGUCAAGUACCUGGAGUGCUCGGCGCUCACGCAGCGGGGCCUGAAGACAGUGUUCGACGAGGCCAUCCACGCCGUGCUCUGCCCGCCGCCCGUCAAGAAGCGGAAGAAGAAGUGCCUGCUGCUGUGAGGGCCGCGCCGCGCAAUGCCAAGUUUUUGUUACAGAUUAGUUUCCCCACGAGACCCUUGAACCAAUCAGUCAUUUUAAGGCUUUGUUUCAA